AAGUCACGCAGUAGGAGGAAACAGACCUCGACAGCUAAGAUGGCGGAGGAGCAACAGGAAACUUCACAGGGAGAGAUGGAGGGAGUGAACUGCCUUGCGUAUGAUGAGGCCAUAAUUGCUCAACAGGACAGAAUUCAGCAAGAGAUAGCCAACAGUAACCCUUUAGUAUCUGACAGACAGAAUUUGUCAGUGCUGCAGAAGGAGUAUGCCGAGGAGGACAUAGUUUAUCAGCUCAAGAUCAAGGACCUAUACAAAAAUUACUCGUACAUUCGUAAGACGCGACCAGAUGGGAACUGUUUCUACAGAGCCUUCGGUUUCGCACAUCUCGAGUCCCUGCUAGAUGACAGCAAAGAACUACAGAAGUUCAAAGCAGUUGCAUCAAAAAGUAAACUGGACCUGGUUAAUGAAGGCUUCACUGAGUUUACCAUUGAAGACUUUCACAACACUUUCAUGGACUUGAUCGAACUGUGUGAGAAGCAGCCAAGUCUGCAAGAGCUGCUGAACUCCUUCAAUGACCAGAAUGUGUCAGACUAUGUGGUCGUUUACUUACGGCUGCUCACCUCAGGCUACCUGCAGCGAGAGCAUGGCUUCUUCCAGCAUUUCAUAGAGGGAGGACGCUCUGUGAAGGAGUUCUGUCAGCAGGAGGUAGAGCCAAUGUCUAAAGAAAGUGACCACAUUCACAUCAUCGCCUUAGCCCAGGCCCUGGACAUAUCGAUCCUGGUGGAGUACAUGGACAGAGGAGAGGGUGGAACAGUCAAUCACCACGUCUUCCCUGAAGGCGGCGACCCUCGAAUUUUCCUCCUCUACAGACCUGGCCAUUAUGACAUCUUGUACAAAUAACACUCCUGGCCACAGCCCCACAGUCAUCCUCCUCCUGCUGAACGCGAGAGCAGUGGGUUAAAAAUAAACUUCAACAGCCAUGCUGAGGAAGCGUACAUCUGUGUAUGAGAUUACACUCAUGUAUUUGAAAAAAAAAAAAUUUAAUUACAUUACAUGCCUCUCUUACCCUGUUCGACCCAAGCCCCCGAGUUUCCCCUCAGUCAUCACCAAAUGGUUAAUGAAAAAGAAUCCUUUGAAAAAUAGAAGUUACUCCAGGCAUUUAGAGUUGUACAGGUUUUUUUUGUGGUUGUAAAUGUUAUCUACUUGCUUUAUGUUGGAUUCUUUUCCUUUGUUACACUGCGUUUCAUUGAGUUUUAUUAAAGGGAUUUACAUCUUA